UAUAUCAAAAUCCCAAUUUCUUAAUUAAAAUUAUCAUAUAAUUAACUUGCUAUAAAAGAAAGCUUUCAUGGUAUAUAUAUCCUAGAUAAGAGAAAUAAAUUUAUUUGUGGUUAAAUUUGCAAAAUGGCAUUGAGCAACAAUGUAAUAGGAGUCAUAAAUUUCAUAGCUGUGCUCCUCUCAAUCCCAAUCAUAGCUGCUGGAAUUUGGCUAACAACUUUACAAGCAGAAUCAUGUGUCAAAAUCCUACAAUGGCCAAUAAUCAUUUUAGGGAUACUAAUUUUAAUUGUUGGUAUGGUAGGCUUCAUUGGAGCCUUUUGGAGAAUCCCAAUGCUUCUUAUAUUCUACCUCAUUGCAAUGAUUGUGCUCAUUAUAUUAUUGGGCUCUUUGGUGAUUUUUGUAUAUUCAAUCACACUUAGAGGACAUGGAAAUAUUGAACCUAAUAGGUCAUAUUUAGAAUAUCAUGUGGAUGAUUUUUCAAUUUGGCUUCGUAGAAGGGUGAGAAGUGAACACAAGUGGGAUGGAAUUAAGAGUUGUCUUAGUUCAUCAAAUAUGUGUGCUGAAUUAAAUCAAAGUUAUAGAUUGGCUCAAGACUUCUUUAAAGCACAUCUUUCACCCUUGCAGUCAGGGUGUUGCAAACCACCAACAAAAUGUGGUUACACAUUUGUGAACCCAACCUAUUGGAUUAGCCCAAUUAACAAUAGUGAAGAUAUGGAUUGCAUGAAAUGGAGCAAUGAACAAACACAACUAUGUUACAAUUGUGAUUCAUGCAAAGCUGGUUUAUUAGCAACACUUAGGAUAGAGUGGAGAAAAGCCAAUGUAAUAUUGAUUGUUACAUUGGUUGCUUUAAUUGUUGUGUAUUUGUUUGGGUGCUUUGCUUUUAGGAAUGCCAAAACUGAGGAGCUCUUUCGCAAAUACAAGCAAGGCUACACUUAAAAGAUAGAAUAUUUUUUAAUAUAUAGUUGAAAUUCUAGGAGAUUCAUUAGAUUAUGAAUAUGGAAAUAGUGGCGGUGAAUGGUGAAAUUGGGUCAUUUUGCUAAAUUUGUUUUAAUUAUUAAAAUUUGUAUUGAAGAAUUUACAUGAAAAAUUGAUGUACAAUGUAUGGAUUUGUCUUAUGCAUUGAAAGAGUAGAGAGAAUAUAAUGGAAAGUACAAUGAUAUUAUGAAGUUGCUUAUGUUGU